AAUAGCGACUCCAGGAUUUAUGAGGCAAACCACAGCCACCACCGUUCUGCAAGCUUACAACCAAGGCUCAUUUGACUUCCCGUAUUAUUCGUGUUCAUGUCAGCCAUCUUCAUGUCAGGCUGAUAUUAACAUAUGAGUUUCACUCUUGCACUUCAUCAAUCACCUUGCUUCAAUACACUCUUCUCUUCGUCCACUUUGCGUCCGGCGGCUGCAGAUCCAUCUCAAGCGAAUGGCCCGAUAGCGAGAUCGACAGCUUUCCGCUCCCUCAACUCUCACAAUAUUAAAUUCCAAAAUGACCGUUUUGCCCGUUCGAUCGCUCCUGGAAAGACAUGAUGAGAGUCACUUAUACUCCCGACAAUCUGGACCGCCUGGAGGCGGAGACGGCGGCGGCGGCAGUGGAGGAGGAGGCGGAGGCAUCAGCGGGAGUGCUAUCACAAUAGGAAUUAUAGUAGCAAUAGUCGGGGUCAUUACGCUCUCAAUAUUGCUCUACUCUUUCCUGCGGAAGUGGAAGCAACAAGGCAAAAGUCCUCGUUAUAUACCUACCCAGUUUCUGAAGAGAAAGUGGCAGACAUGGCAACCUGGAGGGAAAUACUCGGCCGUUCGAAAUCGAGACCUGUCCUCCACCAAUACUGCAUACACCGGUAACAAUAUCAGCGGCUCUGGCUCGGGCGCAGGCGUCGAUCGCAAUACCAGUGUCAGAAGCGUCAUUACUCUACCUGCGUACUCCCGCACACCUAAAGAUACCGAACAAGUCAUCGGAAGGGAAGGCGAAAGGGCCGGUAUGGACACAGUCGUCGAGUUCCCGGAAACUGCGGAUGAAGAAGAGACACGUCGUGAAGAUCAAAUGGAAUCUCUGUACCAGAUCCGGGUAGCCCGACGCCGUGAACAAGCUGAGCGAGAGGAGCGCAGGCGCGAAAGAAGAGAGGCUCGGGAGCGAGGUGACACGGCCCGACUAGAAGAACUACGACUCGAAUCUCGCCAGCGAGCCAACGACAGUGCAACCACUCUAAAUGGAGGCGUCAGCGUCUCCGCUGCAACAUUGAUUGCAGAACAUCAGUCACGCGGCCGUGAUCGAAGAGUAUCUAGUGUGGCAUACGGCUCCCUGGGCGAAGUACGGCAUGAUGGUACUAGACUCCGUGCCAAUAGCAAUGAAUCAGAACGAGGUGGACUAUUGAACGGAGCGGCGCCGAUGGGCGAGGCGGGUGGUCGACCUCGAUUGUAUUCGGAUGCUACUUCGAUGACGACCAUGUCUCGACCACACACACGAGACCGCUCGAUCAGCGAUGUUAGCGUCACAACCGCCGGAUCAGAAGUUGACGGUCAGCCUACGCCAGGGUCUACGGUUGCAGGCGAUGGUGCCAGACGUCGAAGCUCCCAGAGCGAUGAACGCCAGAGUGGUACCACAAAUUCUUCGCCAACAGCAAACAGGUUUACACCAGACGAGAGUACCGGCUCGGAUGACAUUGGAGAAUCGCGGAUCCCGGCGACAGAGUCUGACCCAGCUCAUCUCCCUCCAGAUUAUGAGGUGCUGGAGUGGGGUGAUGCUCCUUCUUAUGAGGCUGCCGUAGCAAGGGCAGCCAGUAAUGCUGCCGCAAGAGCCGCAAGAGCUGGAGAGCCGACCAGAGUCCCUAGCAACGCUCCCAGGCUACCACAGCUCAACUUGCCCAGCAUUAGUGUCUCAGGAGCUACAGAGCCGAAUACGCCAGUGUCACCAGGCGUCACCUCGGCUGAACGGUCUCCAGAAGAGAUUCGACCAACAUGAGCAGAAACGAAUAUGCGCUCAGGACAAUCUAGAAGGGAACGGCGAUUGACACAAAACUGUGAAGUGACACGAGCAUGACUACAUGAUUGGAUAUAUUUGCAUCAAGCAUGGCGUUGGACGGAAAAUAUUGUUGAACAUUUUACAACACAUAUGGAUCGGCAAAUGAGAUGAUAAUUUUAGUGUAUCAAGCAAAACGUAAAAGAUCAGAUUUACAGUUAACCAUAACAGAAAGCAUAUAUGAAGAGAUUGUCUU